CCUGUUCCACGCUGGAGUCCAGCAAGGAAAGCUCUCCUCGGGCACAGAUGGAGCUCUCCCCGUGGAUAUCUUCUCUUUCUUCACUUUCUGAACAGCCCUGCACUCACAGCUUGCCACUUCAGUUGUAGAAAUCCGAAAUCCACGUUUGGAAAUCUGAAAUAGUUGCUCUGCAAAGAAUAUUUUCCAUGGAACGGUCUACAAGUGAGGUUCCAAUCACAUUCUAGAAAGUAGAAAGCUCUGGCUGGAAAUAUAUCUGGUUUGGUCCUGAGGAAGCAGGAGUGAGAUGAAAGCCCACGAGCCUGAUCCACAGCUCCCUGCUGCUGUCCUCACUGAAGUCAAUAAUGAAAGGAAUAACAAUUAAUGUGCUUGUACUGGAGGCCCCACACAAAUGCAUUUUGUGUUCAACACGGGGACCAGCCAAAGUUUACACUGUGGGCACUUCUGCUUCCCUGUAAACAGAAAAAGAGAUUGAUUUGAGCUUUUAAGAGUGAAAGCUGCUGGAAUUCAGAAGUUGCCCUUCCCUCUCCUGCAGAAGAUAUGAUUUCCAGGAAGGUGCUGCUGGGAUCUCUUGUCUGCCUGGGCGGUGUUGCUGCAGUUAUCUGGGCUGUAGCUGGGAGUGGAAAAGUUCAUUACCUGCCCUACUACCUUCCCUGCCCUGAAAUCUUCUCCAUGAAACUCCAAUACACAGAAGAGAAGCUAAUCCAGCUUUUCCCCCAAUUAUUUUAUCAGCAGCCAAGAGUGCUGGCGCCAAAGCGCCAGGAUGUGCUGACAGUCACACCAUGGCUGGCCCCCAUCGUCUGGGAAGGGACCUUUGAGCCUGAGAUCCUGGACAGUGCCUACAGACCCCUGAACCUCACCAUAGGGGUGACAGCCUUUGCUGUUGGAAAGUACACGAGGUUCGUGCGGCGCUUCCUGGAGUCGGCGGAGCAGCACUUCAUGCGGGGCUACCGGGUGAACUACUACAUCUUCACUGACAGCCCCCAGAGCAUGCCCCACGCCCAGCUGCAGCCGGGGCGCAGGCUGGUCGCCGUCCCCGUGCAGAAGCACCUCAGCUGGCAGGAGAUCUCCAUGCGCAGGAUGGAGGCCAUCAACCGGCACGUGGCCAGGGAGAGCCACGGCCAGGUGCAGUACCUCUUCUGCCUGGACAUCGACAUGGUGUUCCACAACCCCUGGGGCCCCGAGACCCUGGGGGACAUGGUGGCAGCCAUCCACCCUGGCUACUUCCACGUGCCACGGGAGCAGUUCCCUUAUGAGAGGAGGAGCUCCUCGGCGGCCUUCAUCCCUGAGGGAGAAGGGGAUUUCUACUACGGAGGGGCCGUGUUUGGAGGCUUGGUCAAGAAGGUCUAUGAGUUCACCAAGAUCUGCCACAUGACCAUCCUGGCAGACAAAGCCAACGGGAUCAUGGCAGCCUGGCAGGAGGAGAGUCACCUCAACAGGCAUUUCCUGUCCCACAAACCCUCCAAGGUGCUUUCUCCAGAGUACAUAUGGGAUGACAGGAAGCCAAAGCCGCCCGAAAUCCGCCUCGUACGUUUUUCCACUGUGAAUAAGAACUACAAGGAGGUCAGAAACUGACCAUCCCUGCAGAGAGAUCCUCCACGCAGCCAAACCCACGCAAAUUAGUUUCUGCACAAUGUGCCCCACCUUGAAUUUCUGUUUCUGGUAGGAGCAAACUGGGAAGGGAACAUGUGGAUAGUUCCUCUGGAGAGCAGAGUAUAAACACAUUUCAGAAGCAGCAAAGUGCAGGUGAGACUGAAAAGCUUUCUGGAUUCCCACUCUUUGUAAAUACAUCCUGCUUGAGGCUGCAGCACACAAAAAAGCAUCCACAAGGCCAGUUAUCCAAUGCAUGGCUGCAGUUGCCUUUGCCUGAGCGUUUUCCAGAGACCUGGUGGAAAUUUAACAAGAUCAAAAUGGCAUUUGACGUUCCUGUGGAGAAGAAAACCUUGGGUUUUGGUAAAGACCUUUUCACUUAAAAAAAAAAUAACAUUGCAGGGCAAUAAAUUUUCCUGAAUUGUGAUUUAAACUAACGCCUUUUGUCAGAAUCAGGAGGAAACUUGCACUCAGAGCUCGUUGUCCCUGCCUGGUGUGCAGCAGGAUUUCUUGGACAUUCUCAGCAGAGAGCUGGUGCCAGGCAUUGCCAGUAAGAGCCCUGGUCUGACAGGACAAACAGCGUGAACUCAUCUAGCAGUUAUCUCCCAAAUUCCAGUCUGUGCUUUGGAGACCCAAGUUUAGACAGAACUGGCACAGCUCAGAGCAGGCUGAACUUCUUCAGGUUUAUUUCAAUCACAGAUGUGCUCUGAACCUUUUCCCUGGGUCACAUGUCUCUGUGGAUCAUGUAAUCUUUUCCAACACAGAAAAUCUGGUUUGGAGAUGUUCAUGUUCCUCUCCAUUGCUUCAACCCUUUCCAAUUUUUCUGAGCUCUGUGAAAUAAAUU